CUCAGAGCUGUCGGCUUCCUCUGCUCCCGUGACCUCGCCUACGGGGUGACAGCCACGAGCACGCUGGACCAGAGCAAUGGGUCUGCUCUCAGAGCUGAAGCUGGCUGUGCCCUGGGGUCACAUCGCUGCCAAAGCCUGGGGCUCACUGCAGGGCACCCCAGUUCUCUGCCUGCACGGCUGGCUGGACAAUGCCAACUCCUUUGACAGACUCAUCCCUCUUCUCCCACAAGACUUUCAUUAUGUUGCCAUAGAUUUUGGGGGUCAUGGGCUCUCGUCCCAUUAUAGCCCAGGUUUCCCGUAUUACCACCAAAACUUUGUGAGUGAGGUCCGAAGAGUCGCAGCAUCCAUGAGAUGGAGUCGCUUUUCCCUUAUGGGCCACAGUUUCGGUGGCACUGUGGCUGGAAUGUUUUCCUGUAUCUUCCCUGAGAUGGUGGAUAAACUCAUCUUGCUGGACUCGUCACCAUUUGUUGUGGACUGCAACGAAAUGGAGAACCUGCUGACCUACAAGAGGAGAGCCAUAGAGCACGUACUGCAGAUGGAGGCCUCCCAGAAGCCCCCGAGCGUGGUCAGCCCGGAGGAGAUGCUGCAGGGGUUCCUGAAGAACAACAGUCAUAUGAGUGAAGAGUGUGGGGCGCUGCUCCUGCAGAGAGGAACCAUGAAGGUAGCCACAGGUCUGGUGCUGAACAGAGACCGGAGGAUCGCCUGGCUACAGCACUGCUUUGAGUUCAUCAGCAGGGAGCUGUACGUACACUCUAUCAAGAAGCUGCAGGCCCACGUCCUGCUCAUCAAAGCAAUCCAAGGAUUUUAUGAUGUGAGAAGAGAGAAUGAUGCCAACAAGGAGCUCUUGCUCUUCAUGACUGAUGUGCUAAAAUCUGUCCUGAAAAAGGUAACGUGCACAGGGCUCAGGUAUCCAGUGUCCGGGUGGUGUCAGGCCACUGUCGCCCACCCUAUACCCAGCUCACCCAUCUGUUCUUACACUGGGACCCCUGGUCUGGUCCCUGGUCCAACUAGUGACCCCUAGGA